GUAUACAAAAAAAAAAAAAAACACCAACAUUUUACAACUUUUCAUAUUUUAACAAAAUUUUAAUUAAAUAAAAGUAUUUAUUUAAUUUUAUUAUUUAUCGAUGGCUGCAAGUGAAAUAUGUCGCUUGUGUUUCGAACAUGAAACCGAAUGUCUCGAUAUAUUUCUCGAUCCAGAAGGACCCUUUAAAAUAAUUCAUAUACUCGACUUUUAUUCCAUUAUAGAGGUCACUCAAGACGAUGAAAUAUCUAAUAAAAUAUGUUCCAAAUGCUGGAAUCAGAUUCACGAUUUCCAUGAGUUUUGCUUGCGAAUACAAAAAAUCCAAGAGAGUACAAACUCAAUUAUUUAUGUGGACACAAAAAGUGAUGUUUAUGAAGUAGUUUUACCAAAUGCAUGCGAAGAUAAUGUUGGUGAUGAUGAUGAUAAUGGUGGUGAUAAUAUUCAAAAUAAGACAGAUAAAGUAGAUGAAGUUAUUCCAUACAAAAACGAUGAUUUAUCUGAAGUAGAACGAGUCGAAAACAGCGAUGACGUUGAAGAAAUAACGGUAUACAUAAAUGAAGACGAAAGUGUUUCUUUGGACAAAAAAGAAACAUCACCAGUUUGUAAUAAAUCUUCAGUGAAACGUAAUAUAAAAAAAGUUCGGAAAAAACCCACAGAUCAUGAAGACACACAUGAAAAUCUAAUAAACUCCUUUUUCGAACUUUCUUGCGAACUGUGUAAGGAAAAUUUCGACUGCUGCACGCAACUAUUUGGCCACUAUGAAAGCCAACACAAGAUUCGCGGUUACAUAACAUGCUGCGAAGUUAAGUAUUUUAAAAUAAUAAAGAUAGCAGAACAUGUCCUUAGACACAAGAAUCCAGAUAUGUUUAAGUGUUCCAAAUGUUCUUUAGAUACAGUUUUCUCUGAUAAAAAACAAUUAGAAGCUCAUAUGUUAACUCACUUGGAGCCCCAUUCCACCAUUUUUCAAUGUGAAGAUUGCGAGAAGGCGUUUGUUAAAAAAUACCGUUAUAAUCAACAUAGAUUAUCUCAUCUUAGUGCCGAUGAAAAAAAGUUUGUCUGUCAGGAUUGUGGAAAACCAUAUGCAACCGAAUCUCUUCUGCGAGUCCAUGUUCGAGUAGUUCAUUUGAAAUCCUAUGCACACGUAUGUGAAAUUUGUUCGAAAGUCUUCAAGAGUCGAGUAUUCUUUGAGAAACAUCAACUUGAACAUAUGGGACAGUCAUUGCCGAAGAUACAGUGUCAAAUAUGUAAAACUUGGAUGAAGAACGAACACACAAUGCGUGCACAUCGUCGAUUGCAUGAAGACGAGGGAACUGUUCAUGAAUGUGAUAUAUGUGGUAAGACUGGACCUUCUCGAAAUUCAAUUCUCAAACAUAAGAGAUACGUGCAUUUGAGUGAAAGAACGUUUAAGUGUACCUCUUGUCCGAAAGCUUUUAAGAGAGCGGUUUCACUUAAAGAACACAUGACACUGCAUACUGGUGAAGUCCUCUAUAAAUGUACGUUUUGUACAAAAACAUUUAAUUCUGGUGCCAAUAUGUUUGCUCAUAAGAAAAAGAUGCAUUUUAAUGAAUGGAAAAUGGAGAAAGAUAAGAAUAAUAAGAAGAAAAUGUGAUAAGAAAGACUGUUUUUUGUAAAUUGCACCUCACAGAACUCGAAUUUUCAGUUGCAAUAUAGGUCAUUUUACUCGGCCUUGUCACGAAUUUCAUUCGUUUCUUAAAUUUUUUACGAUUUCUAAAAAAAAACAUCACAAAAUCAAUUUUUUUGAAACAUUCCAAACAAAUUUUAAUUACGAACGGAUUUUGUGAUUGUUCGGGAUUCGUAGAAAAUGAUUGAAAUGAAAUUUAUAUAUGCCUGACUAUUUCAAAAAUUAUGCAUUUAUACAAAAAAAUUCGAAUUGUGGAAAUCGAUAGUAAAUUGCUCCGAAAAAAAAUUUUGGUCAUAAAAUGUAAUUUUGAAUUUCCCUCAAAAACUCAUGCCAAAAUGCAACCUUAACAGAAAUUCAUAGUCAUAACUUUUUCUUUGUAGAUUUAUAUUUUAUGCAGGCUAUUUUGCAUUAAUUUCUCUGACCCCGGCUUAUAUCUUUUCCUGGAUUUUAGGAGGACUCGGCGCAUAUUGAAGAUAACGACCCAGAUCGGAAGAAGGUCGAAGGAUCUGCCAAUUAUAAAGGAUCUCCCAAACCAAUUCGAAAAACAAACAUUUUAAAAUAAAACAACAACAAAUGUUCAGACAAAUGUCAAACAGAGGAGUGUGUGUAUGAAAGU